CCACCAACGGGGAUGCGGAUACGAAAUGGCGCACACGCAGCAGGGACGGCGAGGAGCAAAGGGACGGCGAGGCUGCGGACACGGAGAAGAAGCAACGAAAACAAAGCAAAACGGCGCGCGGCAGGAAGGCUCGUGGUGUUGCUGCUCUCUGACCACCGUUGGGCUCUUCUCCGCCGCCCGCCGCCUGCCCGCAACGUAACCCAUGCACGCCAGUACGCUAGGUCGCGGCUUCGCGACGACUGCACGUUUUUGUCACACCUCACCACUCAGCGCCGCGGUUGGACGCGCUCCCAUGCUUCCGGUGGCCCUUCCAGACCUCCAUCCAACGUCGGGCCGCGGGUGUGACCCCUUGCGUUGUAUCCUACCCAAGGUACCAUGGCUCUGCUCCCCGAACGGAUGCGAGUUUGCACACCAGACUCCAGCUCUGACACAUGCCUACGUGGCACGCUGGCAAGUGGUACGAUUGUACCCGUUGCGGACAAUCUUGCGCCUCCCCCGCAAGCAGCUGGACGCAGCGAGACACACUCUAGGCACACCUAGGGCCACAUGCAACCUCGCCCUCGAACACCUUCGAGCAUCAUCGUGUCCGAGCUCCUCACGCAACAUCGUUUUCUUGAUAUCAGACCAUGCACGAAAUACGGGACUGGGUGUACUGGCUAGAGAACCGUUCUGGAAGAUCCGCCCUACUGUAUCGUACGAAGAAUUCGAACAUUCUAUUCUCAAAAAUGUAAUCGAGGCCCGCCAGCUCCCAGAGAUCAAUCACCUGGCUGCCAAUAGUGAAUCCGUUCAGGACGCAGCAUCUUCGAAAGCUUCAACUGCAGACGCGCCACACUUCACGAUGAGGUUCCUGGCGUUGCUUCCCUGCCACCUUAUCUGAACAAGUGCCUGCCGCCGUGGAUGCCCCCCCCCCACCUCGUGCCUGCAUCGUGACUGCCACUUUUCUUUCCGUAUCGCGUUGCGUCAUGUAUGCCGUUGUCUUUCCGCUUCAACUUUGACCUUCCUCUCGACCUCUUCCCCAUACCUUUGUUUGGCACAGUGCACAUCUAGCU